CAUCAAAAGCGUCCCUGAAUGGGCUUAAGUUUCUCUCUCAAGUGGAAAUAAGUGAGUGGAGUGUGGGUCCCAGGAAAAGCAAGAAAAACACGUUAUCUUUAAGCAUCGCAACCACUUUAUGGUACUUUUUCAUACUUUCCAGCAAAAGAUAAGAUAAGUUCUAGGGUUCUUGGCUCUUAUUGGAAGUUCAGUGCGUGAUUGGAGACGUUUAAUCGGUGGAAAUCACUUGGAAUUAGUUGGAGUGAAAGGGUGAAACCGCUAUAAUCGAUGUCGGCGGCUAUGGACAGAGCCUUAAUGGCUCUAUCUUUGGAAGAAGAAGAAGAACCGUUCGAGAUGCCGGAUCUUCCGGGUUUCUGUUCGAACGAGAAGAACAAGCUGAGUUUAGUGGGAAGAAUUUUAAAUCCGGAAUGUCAGAAGAUGUCAACUCUGAUUUGGCGGAUGCCUGGAAAAUGGCAAAAAGAAGGCAAAUGUCGAGGAGUUGCUCUGUCUCAGGAGCGGUUUCAGUUCUUUUUUGACCAGGAGCACGAUCUAAUGGACGUUUUGGAGAAAGGUGUUCAUACGUUCAAUGAAUGGGCGCUGGUGAUAGAAAGGUGGGUGGAAGAGCCUCCGGAGGAUUAUCUGCAGUUUAUUCCCCUGUGGAUUCGUAUAAGUAACAUUCCCAUGAACUAUUAUACAAAAGAAGCUAUCAUGGCGCUGGGAGAUCUGGUAGGAGAAGUUAAAGAGGUGAUUUUCGACCCUCAGAAACCACAAACUCAACCUUAUGAAAGGGUUAUGGUGAAAUUUAAUGUGGCGAAUCCUUUGAGGAUGUCAAGGGUAGUCAAUAUCAAAGGAGCGAAACCGGUGACUAUUCACUACAACUAUGAGAGGAUUCAGAAGCGGUGCUUCACUUGUCAAAGGUUAAACCAUGAGCAAAGCAUUUGCCCUCUGGUAGUGAAGAGAAGGAAAGAUGAAGCUCUAGUAAGGCGUCAGAGGAUCUCAAAGGAGUUGGAACUAAAGAGAACUGUCUUGGAAGAAGAUGAUCCCCUUUUUGGUGUGCUUAAAGAAGAUCAGGUAGGGAUUAAUCCAAUCACGGGAAGGCCAAAAAUUGUGAAAGAGGUGCUGGACGAGAUGAGACAAUAUCUGAGGUUGGCCACUGAUGAAGAUAGAGUGGUUAGGGAGGACAGAGUGAGAAGCUCGGUUGCAGCGGUAGAACAAGACCCCUUUCUGCAGCGGACUGUGUUAAGGCUGGAGGCACCCCCAACUAUGUCUCAGGACUUUAACAAAGGCAAAGGGCACGUUUUCUCGUAUGAGGAAGCUAAUAUGCUGAAGUCGGGCGGAGCUCAACAGGAGAAAUUAAUGGCUUCUGCUAUCAGAGCUGGCACUGCAGGGAGAUGGAAUGCAGGAAACAUAUCGAUGGUGGACAGUGAAGAUGCAAUCUUUGGAGGCAACUUUAUGGGUUCUUCUGAUGGUUCUACGGUAUUUAGCACUGGUUUCUCGGAACCAUGUGCUUCGUCCGGGACUAUGAAGAGAACAUACCACCGCAGGCGCCCUCCUAAAUCAAGAAGAAAGCCUAGACCUUUGUUGGCUGCGGAGAAGGAGGAAGGGUUUCUGUGGGAUAAAGCGGCUGGGAAGAGAGUAGAAGGGAGCAAGAAGAGGAAGGUAGAGACUGAAGUUGGGGAGCUUUUAGUUUCGGCGAAGUCUAAAACCCCAAAGGUGAUCCCAAGGGAGGGAUCGCCCAAUUUGUAAUGAGCAUAUUCAGUUGGAAUUGCCAGGGCUUGGGGCGUACUCAAGACCUGACAAUUCAGCGGCUCCGGGAAAUACGUCAAACACAUUUUCCGGAGAUCAUGUUCUUGAUGGAGACAAAGAAUUGUAGAGAUGUUUUAGUGGA